CACGUCAGAGCUCCGACUUCCUCCCGACGCCGUCUGUGAUUGGCUCCUGGGGUUAUAAGAAACACGUGAAUGAACAGCUGCGGUUGGCAGAAACUUGCUGGAGGUCUCUAGGUGGUAUCGCUCUCUCCUCCUUGUCAACCCACGGGCGAGAGGAUCCGGGGGAGGAUGAAGUCGUCCUGUGUUCUGCUCACCGCCCUGGUGGCGCUGGCCGCCUAUUACGUCUACAUCCCGCUGCCCAGCUCAGUGUCGGAUCCCUGGAAGCUGAUGCUGCUGGACGCGACUUUCCGGGGCGCACAGCAAGUGAGUCACCUUAUACACUCCCUGGGACUGAGCCAUCACUUGAUUGCACUGAAUUUUAUCAUCGUUUCUUUCGGAAAGAAAAGUGCAUGGUCGUCUGCCCAAGUGAAUGUGACCGACACUGACUUUGAUGGGGUGGAAGUCAGAGUGUUUGAAGCCUCUCCAAAGCCACAGGAGCUGCUGAGACGCAGUGUUGUUUAUAUCCACGGAGGAGGCUGGGCCUUGGCCAGUGCAAAAAUCAAGUAUUAUGAUGAGCUGUGCACAGCGAUGGCUGAGGAACUGAAUGCUGUCAUUGUCUCCAUUGAAUACAGGCUAGUCCCAAACGUUUAUUUUCCUGAGCAAAUUCAUGAUGUUGUCCGUGCCACAAAGUACUUCCUGCAGCCAGAAGUUUUACAGAAGUACAAGGUUGACCCAGACAGAAUUGGCAUUUCUGGGGACAGUGCUGGUGGAAAUUUGGCCGCUGCCCUUGGACAACAGUUUGCUCAAGAUGCCAACCUAAGAAAUAAGCUCAAACUGCAAGCUUUAAUCUACCCGGUCCUCCAAGCUUUAGAUUUUAACACACCCUCUUAUCAGCAAAACGUGAACACGCCCAUCCUGCCCCGCUAUGUCAUGGUGAAGUACUGGCUGGACUACUUCAAAGGCAACCACGACUUUGUGCAGGCCAUGAUAGUGAACAAUCACACUUCGCUUGACGCGGAAGAGGCUGUUGCCCCCCGGGCCCGUCUUGACUGGACGUCCCUCUUGCCUGCAUCCAUCACAAAGAACUACCAGCCUGUCAUGCAGACCAAGGGCAAUGCCAGGAUCGUCCAGGAGAUCCCCCAGUUGCUGGAUGCCCGCUCUUCCCCACUCAUCGCAGACCAGGAAGUGCUUCUGCACCUGCCGAAGACCUACAUUCUGACCUGUGAGCACGACGUCCUGAGAGACGACGGGGUCAUGUACGCCAAGCGUUUGGAGAGCGCAGGCGUGGAGGUGACCCUCGACCACUUUGAGGAUGGCUUCCACGGGUGCAUGAUUUUCACGAGCUGGCCCACCAACUUCUCAGUGGGAAUCCGGACUAGGGAUAGUUACAUCAAGUGGCUGGAUCGAAACCUGUAAAGGAGUCAAAUUUCUGGAAGACCCAAGCCCCCUCCUGACCUCCUGCACCUGCUUUGGAAAGACAUGGACUUUUUAGUCACCUAACCCCGCCCCCUCCUUGAUACCUGUGAGUUUUAGAAUCUUGAGUCCCUGCAGACUCUAUGAUAAUCUAAUUUUUAAAAAUGAGUCCGACUAACUUAAGUACAAAAACAUCUGAGUUUGGUGCCCCCAAAGUGGACCUUUCUCUCUGUUCUCUAUUUUAGUCAACUACCUUUAAUAUCCACAGCUGCAGAGAGUGGGACCAGGAGCCAUAAAUUGCCUUGGAUCCUGCCCUUCUCAAGAUGUCCUUUUCAAAAAUUUAUCAGCUGUGGAUUAUAAAAUGACUUUUGAUGAGUUAAGAAAAUGUAAGCUCCUCUUCAACUUGCUAGAGUUUACUUUGGCUUCAGAGCAGUGUUACACGUGUGCACUUUUGGGUCAUUACUGGGGGUCAAGUGCCCUCUGUUCUCUGUAGAUGGUUUUGUUUCCUAUGGGAAUUUUGACAAAGGCUUUCUAGCAAGACAAGUUUYUCAAAGGAUGUUCUCUCUCUAGUGUUCAUUUUAUGAGAAAGCUAUCUCUAAGUCCAGCUGGCUUGAAAUGAUACUUGAAAGUUACUUUCUACAACUAUUCUUAGAAAAUAUGACUGCAUGCACUGGAUAGCGACACCUUGUUAAGCAUUUAUUGUUUGGUCACCACUGUCUCCUUGGGGAAAUCUUUUGGGAACAAAUUUAUUUAGAUUUAGAAUAACUUUCCUAUUAUGAAAUAAGUAAAAACAGACAAAUGAAACAACCUAUUGUUUCAUUAAAAACUGUUUUGGGCGUAAAUUAUUAAGAGCAGUGUGUAUAUAUAUUUGGUACAGUCAGAAAAUAAAGUACAUUUAAUACUAGUUUAACAUUAUGAAAAAUACCUUUAGAAGGUCUAGUCCAUUCUUGAGAACUCAACUUUUUCACUUAUAUGGCUUUAAAAUGGGACUAUUUUGGUAUAAUACAAUGUAUUGUUUAUUUUUUUAAGUUAUUUAAUGUUAAUAUAUAUAGCUAGACAUAGGGCUUUUCUGAAAGACAUCUGUAAUAAAUAUUAAAAGGAAUGGUAUUUUUAAAAAAAAUACUACUUUAGAAUUCUAUCCACAUGUAAUUUUAUGGAAAGAGAUAAAAUAGCAAUUAAUAAUACUAGAUAUUAGGACAAAAUAUUUUGAUAUUUAUAAACAUAUAAAAGUUAAAAUAAUUAGAAAUUCUGACCGCACUUACUAAAGUCCUCUAAAUUUAUACAGUUGAGCAUUCCCUAAUCUGAAAUCUGAAAUGCUCCAAAAUCCCAAAUUUGGAUCCUGAUGUGAUGCCCCGUGUAGAAAAUUCCACACCCUGAUAGUUUUUUUCAUGCUCAAAUUUAUUAAAAAUAAUAAUGCAUUAGGUUACCUUUGGGGUAUGUUAAUUUCUUGUUUAGAUUUGAGUCCCAUCCCCAAGAUAUCUCAUUAUGUAGAUGCAGAUAUUCUGAAAUCUAAAAAAAUAUAGUCCUUUUGAAACCCUUCUGGUCCCAGGUAUUUCAGAUAAGGGAUGCUCAACAUGUAGUUCCAUAGCUUUGACAAGACACGCACUGCUCUCUCCGCACUUUAUGGCCAGAGGAACCCUCUCUUAUAUUCUUCUGGGUGAAGGGCAGACAUCGGUACCUGGUGCCUACACCCCUCAUUUUCUCCUGCUAACCAGGUCUAGAAGUUCCAACACUCAAGUUUAUCUUGACGUCAAUCUUCACUGCCAGUGGGGCAUCUUUGGCAAAGUAAGAAACGUCAAAUCUGAUUUGAGUUGAGCAUCUGUCCUUCUUCCUGCCACCCCUGCUUCUGCCCCAUGAUACUUUUAGGGACUGCAGAAAGCAGCAGCUGAGUCGUGAUACACCAUACUGUGGAAAGAAAGUAGAACCUUCUCACUCUGGGGGACGGGUAUUUCCCACCUCCAGCAAUGAGAUAACAGACGGAAAUUCACAUUCUUGUUUUUAAUUUAUUGUAAGAGCCCAUUGCAUUUUAUGUACAAAACACAAGUUAAUGAAACUGUGUGUCUGUGUGUGUUCCUGUGUGUGUAUAAAAAUAAUCAAGCCACCUAGCUAAGGUACUUAGGUGAGUCACUGACCAUCUCUGGGCCUCUUUUCCCUUUCCUGUGAAAUCAGAGAGCUGAAUUACUGGAUCCUUAAGGUGUCUUCUGACUAAAAAUCCAACCAAUUUGUCAAACUGGACAAACUGUAUUGACCUACGGUGAUUUUUUUUUCUGGAGGGGGAGGGGAGUUCGGGGGGUGGGUCAUAAUUUUAUAUACUCAGAUACAUGCAUCAUCAAAGAUUUGUUUUUCUUAAAAAUUGAGAAUUUAGUUCUUACCCUAUGGUAGUUACCGUCCUCAUAUGAUGCUAUUUUUAUUUUUAUUUUUGUGAGCCUAAGAUUGAUCCUAGGACCUUGCUCAUGUUAGGCAAGCACUCUACCACUGAGCUACACUAUAGCCCUAUUUUAUUUAUUUAUUUUAUUACCAUUUAAAAGUAGACUUUAUUUUGAGUUUUUCCACUCCUAAGAAAUAAGAAAUAUAAUACAUGCACRGAGUUCCUUAAAAUGACACUCCCCCACCCCAGAUUGUGAGCCAAAUCCUAUAGUAAUUACAGACAAAAAAAUGAUUCCAGAUUUUUAAAGAGCUCUCUGAGAUGAAAA